CGAGAAGUACGCAAGAAACAACUAUUGAAAAAUCUCACAUUGUACUUAUUUUCCGACCAAUAAAUGUAAAGGUAGUUGCGGUAGUUGCAAGCACUUUGUAGAAUUGGAAUUUUUCCUCGCUCUACCGCAACAUCAGGUCAUGCUGUCCUCAGUUGUGUUUCUGCUCCUCUUCCAGUGGGUCGUAUUGACAGAGUCCGCGGAGCCAGAGCAGUAUUCCGGCGUCGCGGCUCAACUAGUGGAAGACGAGUGCGAGGAUGCGCGGCCGCAGUUCAUCCAGCCGCUGCGAACGCUCGCGGCGAACGGCCUCAUCGCGCAGGAAGACCUGCAUUUGCGCGGCCCGGAAACCAGUCUGGGUUCCUGGAUGGCGGCGCUGGCGAAACUGCUCCACCUGGACCCCUACGCCGCCUUCGAGUGCCCGCUGAUCAUGACGAGCCACAUCCGCAAAGCGGCCGACAGCGCGCUCUACCUGCUGCAGAAGAAGCGAGCCAGGGUGCUGUUGCAGAUCGGAAACAUGUUCAAGCUCUCCGCGAUGUCGCGGUGGUACACGGAGGUUGCCGACGAGCAACAGCGGCUCGGGCUCCCGAUGAACACGCCGCCUCCCACGAAAAAGCAGCGCUUCCAGCCGCGGAUGCUAUCACGUGCAAAUAUGUUUUGGUCUGGAAACUUGUGAUGCUGACACAUGAAUGACAAAAUGGCUACAGUACGCAGCCACGCAUGAUAGAUUUUUGAGCGUUCCUGUGGUGCGUAAGACGCAUGAGAAGCUGCGUUUUUGCAUGACACAGAAACAGCGCUGUUCCGCAACAUGCAUUACAGAGUUCGGGAGGGUGGAAGUUCAGCAUUACAGAUCUUGUAUUCUUCCAGGCCCAGACAUUUUUGCAAUGAACAAAUGCAGAUGGACUACCAACUCGGGCUCGCGCUGCUCACCCAGCAGUUGCUGGAGCCGCCGGUGGAGCCGCGGAAGAGGUGGCCCGCCGGGCUCCCGAAACCCAAGAUCGACGUUCUCUCGAUUUGUGUCUACUCACCCGACAAAACCAGCAACACCGUGCUGGAUAGCCCGUUGCCAGGCAUGACACCGGAGAAUCAUAAACAGUACGUUGCGCAGACCGGGCUAAAUAACUACGUCAUGCACGAUAAGGUAAGGAUAGCGCUUGACUACAUGUGGGUUCGAACCAACUGUAAUCCCGCGGUGAGAUAAUUAAUGUGCACAGGACUGCAGUUCUGCAUGCGGCCGUAAGGGAAUUUUUCAUGCGCAGGACCUAGGGGCUUCGGGCUAAUGAAUGUAUUGGCUUGUUGUAAAGGGCCUCGAAGAUUCUAGUCGAGCACAUGCUUCGCACUACUUUAGCUGCUUAAGUGAUUCGCACGACAACUUUCGGGCGCUAAGUGCUUCGCACUACUUUAGCUGCUUAAGUGCUUCGGACGACUUUAGGGCGCUAAGUGCUUCGCACGACUUUAGCUGCUUAAUGCUUCGCACUACUUUAGAUCGCUAAGUGCUUCGCACUACUUUAGCUGCUGAAGUGCUUCGCACGACUUUGGAUCGCUAAGUGCUUCGCACUACUUUCGCUGCUUAAGUGCUUCGCACGACUUUAGGACGCUAAGUGCUUCGCACGACUUUGGCUGCUUAAGUGCUUUGCACGACUUUGGAUCGCUAAGUGCUUCGCACUACUUUAGCUGCUUAAGUGCUUCGCACGACUUUAGGGAACUAAGUGCUUCACACGACUGUAGCUGCUUAAGUGCUUCGCACGACUUUAGAUCGCUAAGUGCUUCGCACUACUUUAGCUGCUUAAGUGCUUCACACGACUUUAGGGAACUAAGUGCUUCACACGACUUUACCUGGUUAAGUGCUUCGCACGACUUUAGAGCGCUAAGUGCUUCGCACUACUUUAGCUGCUUAAGUGCUUCGCACGACUUUAGGGAGCUAAGUGGUGCCUCGUACUACCUUAGCUUAGUGCUUCGCACGACUUUAUGGUGCUAAGUGCUUCGCACUACUUGAGUUGCUUCCGUGAUUCGCACGCCUUUAGUGCGCUAAGUAGUGCCUCGCACUACAUAAGGUGCUUGCGUGCGUCUCACGAGUUUAGAGCGAUAAGUGCUUCGCACUACUUUAGCUGCUUCAGUGCCUCGCGCGCACUACCUUAGUGCUGCGCACUGCUUUAGUGCUGCGCACUACUUUAGUGCUACGCACUACUUUAGCUACUGGAGUGCUUCGCACUACUUUAGCUGCGGUAUUAAGUGGUUAAUUGCUUGGCAAAACUUGAGCUAUUUUAGUACUUCAAACUACGGUUUCAGUGUCUUCAGAGCUUCGCGCAAUUCUAGGUUCUUAAGUGCUUCGGACGACUUUAGGGUCUUAUGUGCUUCGCACGACUUCCAGCGCUUAAGUACUCCGAACGAUUUUAGGAUCGCAGGUGCUUCGAGCGAUGCAACUCGAUUACCACAAAGGUUUUAUCACUACUUACUUUGUGCAAUGUCGUGGCGAAGUUGGCAGAAGUAGUAACUGCCAGACCUAUGUUAUGAUUUAUCGCCGCAAUUCAUUUCAACAGCUCCUGAUGCCGGACCGAGAGGCACACUAUUCGAAGUUUCUCGUGGUGUACCAGCACCUGCAGCAGAAUCCGGGUACGGAGUGGGUGUUCUUUAUGGACUGCGACGCGUUUUUCACGACCUUUGACUUCACGGUCUUCGAUCUCCUCGCGACAUACGCAGACCCGACUACCGAGGCUGGACAGAAGGUAAAUUUCAUAGUUGCCGAGGACACCGGCGGGAUUAACACGGGCGUGUUUCUGGUGCGCAAUACACCGUGGAGCUUCGAUUACCUGCAGAGGGUGACGUUAUCCCCCUUCACAACGGCGUGGGACCAGAGCAUGUUUUUCACCGCUGCCGUUAACGCCACACUCUUUUCCGAUCUCGACCAUGACUUCCAACUACCACCGGAGGUACGAAUGUUAAUUAUGUGCGACAUUCAGCAUAUUUCGUAAUUUAUUUCUGACACACCUGGAACUGCAGUCACUCACUUGGGCCGGAUAUUACGAUGCCUAUUCCUUCGGAACGACGCAGCAAUCGCUUCUAGCGAUUUGGAUGAGAACGCAAUAGAGCAAAUCGAAAAUUCAGGUACGGUUCGUGCACCAGAAACACUUGAACGCCUUUGUUCCGCCGGCUUCGAAGGAUUGGGGCGGGUAUGAGUGGCAGGUUGGAGACUUCGCAAGGCACUUUGCGGGGUGCCCGUGGCAAGAAAAACCGUGCCUUGACCUGAUGUAUGAAACACUAGAACACGGACGUCGGCAGUACAGCAACGUCGGUAAUGCUAGGACAGAUCUGUAGUGGUAGAGGACGCACCUACUAUCGCUCGUUCUCAUCAUACGAUUUGUCUCUGCCGACCCAGCGAUGGCAUCUUCGCUGAAAAUUAACGAUUCAUUGUGAUCUACUUCGCUGCGGCCGGUUUAGAUGGCUGCUCCUGCGCUUGUCUAAUGUGUCAGUCGAGCAACUACACUUGGCGAUCGCUCGUGAUGUUUUUU